GUGCUAUCAAGCUGCAGAGCCAGCUGUGACAUGAUGGGUGUUUGCUCAUGAUCUCACAAGGGGAUGGGUUCCACCAUGGCGUGAGGACCAGCUGCAGGGAGAACAAGAAACAUACAUAUGCUGAAAAUGCACAUGAUGGGGAAUUUGUAGACUAUGGAAAUAAUAAAAUCCAAGCAGCCAGCAAGAGGCAUGCAGCGGGAGAGGAAAAUUUGCAACAACUACAUUUGUUUUUAUUGAAAGAUCAGGAAAAUAAAAAGCCACGAGCUCCAGCACACCAUCAGUAACACAAUAAAGCAAGAAACAAAGGAACACGAGCCUCCAAGCAUUUACAGUGAACACUGCAGCUUCGUCUUCUAGACAGCUGGAGAAUUACUGCCUGACUUUAUUGAGAGACAUUUCUACAGCUAAGAAGGAAUCUCCUUCUGUAUCAACCGCGCAGAUGUGGAUCUUCAAAGCAAACAUGUCUUUUAACACUGGAAAUCGUCAUGAGCAAAUGCCCUCAAACACAGGCAGGAGCAGAGCUGUUGCACCUAUUCAUAUUCAUGUACACCAGGGCUUUCUACCUUCUGGUGAAGCACUUGGUUGCAUUAUGGUAUCUUCAAGGGAGCCUCCAACUCUGCUGCAGCAAAGCAAAGCACAGCAGCAGCUCCAAUACCAAAUUCAAUCUGCUACCACCAUUCAGGCAGCAUGGAGAGGCUACCAAGUUCGAAGAGAGCUGGAUGAAAUGAAGAGAGCCUCUACCAAGAUUCAGGCAGCAUGGAGAGGCUACCAAGUUCGAAGAGAGCUGGAUGAAAUGAACAAAGCUGCUGUCAAGAUUCAGGCAGCUUAUCGAGGCCAUAUGGUGCGGCAGGCAUUGCCCCCUGGGUUUUACAAGUGCCUAAGAGAUAAAAGGGCUGAAGUGGGUGGAAAGAAGAAAGAAGAAAAGGGAACAAUGACAGUGCUUGGAGUAGCUGGCACCCUGGAGUGCAAGGAAAUCUCCCAUGUGAUAGCUGCUACCUUCAGAACUGAGAGUACAGCAGGUUGUUGCAGGGACGGACACAGUGCAGGCUCUGAUGCAGCUGUGUACAGUUCACAGGUUUAUUUCACAGCCAGCCAAACUGUGAACCGUGAAGACAAUAUAUUUUCCUUUGAGAUUCUCCCAGCUGUGACAUCUAAACAGCAAGUCCAGAAUGCUGCAGAUAAAAUUCAGGCUGCAGAAGGGCUUGAUAAAAUGGGAAGACCGUCUGAGAAAAUAUCAGGGCAGAACCUGGUCUUAACCUACAAUUGUCAACUCAAACAAAACGCUUGUGAAAAUUCUCAAAUUCCAGACCUAUGCAGUAUCUCCGGGGUGCUGAAAUGGACUUCAAAGCCUAAAGACACAGUGCCAUACUCCAAACAAAACCUCCCUGCGCAGUUAGAAAUGAAAAAGGGGGGAAAAGCAUCUGAUGCUGACUGCAACGCCCCAUCCAUCAGGAAGGUUGAAGUGCGCACAGUGAUGAGGAACCUGCCAGCAUCCCAGCAGUGGCCCAUGUCCCUCCGCGUGUCCAGUCCCAAUGGAACUGUGGAGUGCUUUCAGCAGGACAUAGUUUUGGGGCAGCUGCAUGGGAUGUACAGUGUCAGAAGACUUGGGGGCUCGCAACCUGCCUGUGUCUCCGUGUGCAUGAGAGUGGUGGAAGAGGGAAGGGAGGCAGGUGAAAGCCCAGCGUGGUAGGCAAGCACUGAGAAGACCCAGCACUGAAAUGCCUCUUCUCAUCCUAUGCUCACAGAGCCUGGCCAUGGCUCAAACUCCUGUCCUGGUGCACCACAAGCUGCCAUCAGCCCUUCACGCAGACCUGCUGCUUCCUGCUGUGGUUACAUCUCUCAAGGCAAGCUCCACUUUCUGUCACAAACCAGUCCCAGCAGAAGCGCAAGAUUCGUGCACGCUUUCAGAGCUCGUUGCUUAGCCCGGGGUACCGUUAUGCAACGCUGCAGCUACAAGUCCAUCGCGCUAGCAGUCAGCUUUCACGCCACCGCUCUGCUCUCUCGCAGCAGGCCCAAUAAACGCCGUACAGCAGC